UGUGUUUAGACAGUGAAAUGUGUGGAUUAAAGUUUGCCAAUUCAUCAGUGGUUUUUAAGAUUCAUUUUGAACCAAUAACAUUUUUAUGUUCUGUAGCCUUACUUCAUUCUUCUAAGGGGAGAUGUGUUUAUCAUUGUUUUUAGGACUUGUUUUUGCUGUUGGAUGUGAAGGUCUACAUGUCCAAGGGCCCCCUGAUCCUCUUGUAGCCCAGCUAGGAGAUACAGUUCUACUGCCAUGCUUUUCUCAGAACUCCUUGCCUCUGGAGGAUCUGCAGGUGGAAUGGAGAAGGACAGAUUCUUUGGUAAUUACCUUCCAGCAAGGAGAAACCAGACCAGAACUGCAGAGUGAGUCUUUUCAGGGUAGAGUACACUUCUUCCCAGAUGAGAUAUCCAAAGGGAACUUCUCCAUCUUAAUAAAUCAUUUGGUAAAAAAGGAUGCUGGAAUUUACAGAUGUAAAGUCAAUACAGGCCAAGACUCCGGUGAAACUGAAGUGGAGCUGAAAGACAUCGAGUAUCUUGUGGUUAAAGGGGCCAACCAUCCUAUCUCUGCUUCUGUGGGUGAGGAGGUGAUACUGAACUGUUCUGUAGAUUUCCACGUACCAGCAACCGAGAUAGAGGAAGUGUCUUGGAAAAGGACAGACCCGGAAAUCCCCAUCCUGCUUUAUCAAGACAAUGAGGUCCUGUCAGAUUAUUCACAUGAAAGUUAUCAGGGGAGAGUCGAAUUCUUUCACAGUGAAAUCUCCAAAGGCAAUUUCUCACUAAAGUUGAAGGAUAUAAAGAUGGAGGAUAAAGGAGAAUUCAUGUGUGAGGUCCACGUUGGUCAUCUGUCAGCACAUACCUUCGUAGUUCUGCAGAGUCUAGGUUUCUCAGUGUUCCAUAUAUUGAUAUUGGUGUUGUGUGUCGUUGCACUGCUUCUUGCAGUGGGACUUUGCAUUCCCAUUUUCAUCCUCCUGAGAAAGAAAGCAACUAGUGGAAAAGCGAUGAAGAUGCAUGCGUCUCUGGUCCUUUUCCCAAACAUUUGUAUGUGUGCAGCUUUCAUCUUGUGGUCAACAGAAGGGUAUCUGACUGAGAUUGUGACCUGUUCAACUGUCAGCAUCAUACGGCCCCUCAUGCUGCUGAAGACCUUCCCUUAUCUCAACAGAUUGCCAAAGCGCUUGACAAAAGCAGUGAAGACAUUGGCUGUUCCAGUUUACCACUCAGUUAUAAUACUGGCUGCAUGUUCACUUUUUUCUGGACAAAUUAGCCAAGUGCAAACAGCAAAUAACCAUAUUUUGACUGUAAUGGUGGUACUAGGUGGCAUAUGUUUCAUCAUUGCUGCUGUUUUAGCUGGUUGUGCUUUCCAGAUGCACUCGGCCGUGGUCCUACAGCUAUGCAAUGCUGCUCUGCUGGGUUUUAUUUUAAGCAAUCAAAGUACAGAAAAUUUUGAAUACAGCAUUCAGAUACCUUCAGUAUUGGCCCCUAUGAUCUUAGGAAAUAUGAUGGUCCUCUCUCUGCAAAGACACUACUUUCAAGGAAAACCCUUUAAACGCUCCCAUAUUGUUCUAUCGUCUGUUAUUUUGACUCUCAUCAGUGUGACUGAAGUCAGUCUUUAUGUUCUCAUCAGCAUUACCACAAUGAAUAUUACUACAGCAUGGAUACUUCCAUUUGAAGUACUAAUACAGGUCAUUGCGUGGUUAUCAGUGCUUUGUAUGUUACGUUGUACAUGUUCUAGACAAGGAUGUUGCUCUCAACAGAGAGGGAUCGGAUAUUUGUGCUGCACUGUCCUUGCUGCAACUCUGACCAUUGCAUUUGGUACGGUGUGCAUUCAUUAUAUCAGCAUGCACAUGAAAAACAAGAAAGAUUGUGGUGGAUACAUGGCUUUGACUGCAUUAAUCCAUGUCUUGGCAGCAACAUCCUUUUUCAAACAUCCAAAAGAUUUACCUGAUUUUCUUCACAUUCUGAUUUACAUGUUUGGAGCUGUAGUGCUGAAUAUUGUAAAUUCUAUGGCCCUUGCUGCAGAAUUAUGCCUGAAAGCAGGAAACGGUGUGAGAGCUGUAGAAGAUCUACGUGUGAUUAUCUUACCAUUUGAGACAGUUUUUGCCUCUGGAUGGCUGACUUUGCAAGUCUAUCAUGUCUGGAUCAGAAUCAGACACAGAAUAACACAAAACUUUGAAGACCAAACAGAAAGAGAACCUCAGGUUCUUCCAGAGAUGGACAUUCUAACUGCCUCUGAGCUUAAACCUUCUGAUCCCUCUGAGGAUGAUCCACUAUCUUAACACUGAUUUUGAAUUUCAAAGGCUUCACCAGCAGCAGAUAUUCACCAUCAAUGGCACCUUACAUUCAUACUGGAUGUCAUACCCGCUUUUGGUAACAUCUGUGUGUGCUCAGCAUUGAUGCCUAUUCUU